GAGAGACAGGGCAAGGGUCAGAUGUGUUCCUGGGAUGCGUACGGGGAAUGGGUCAUUACCAAGAUUUCUCCAUGGCGGAUAUUUUGGAGCGCGUGGAAUUAAAACGAGUAGGGGUAGCGCAAGCGCCGUCACCUCCGUGGGAAAUUCCAGUUUCCCCAGUUGUCCCCCACGCCUCAGGGUCAAUCUAACUCUAUGGCGGGAAGGACUGGACUCCCGGUAGCGGCUUCCAAUCAGGAGGGGCUUGGGGCGCGUCUAAACCAAUCAGAAGGAGCCAGGUACAGGCGCACUCCGCGAGAAGGCGUGUGACGCAGGAGCUGGGCCAAGACAAGGUUACGGGGCGCCGUUGGGAACAAACGAAGGCAGACCCUGGGCUUGUUUGCGGUCGUGAAAAGGACCUUAAAAAGAGACUCAGAGACAAAGGGAGGAAAACAACAGGAAGCAGCUCAGAGACUCGGUGAAGAACAGAGGGAACCAAACCAGAGACGCACAGAACAGAGAGAAUCAGGCUCAGAGCAAGUGGAAGUGGGCAAAGAUUCUACAAGGACUGGUGCAAGGCACAGAACCAUCCAGGUUAAGAAGCAGGCAACAACGAGAUGCUAGGAAGCAGAGCUGUGAUGCUGCUAUUGCUGCUGCCCUGGACUACUCAGUGCCGAGCUGUGCCUGGGGGCAGCAGCCCUGUCUGGGCUCGAUGCCAGCAGCUCUCACAGAAGCUCUGCAUGCUGGCCUGGAGUGCACACCCACAAGUGGGACACAUGGAUCUACUAAGAGAAGAGGAAGAUGAAAAGACUACAAAUGAUGUUCCCCAUAUCCAGUGUGGGGAUGGUUGUGAUCCCCAAGGACUCAGAGACAACAGUCAGUUCUGCUUACAGAGGAUCCACCAGGGUCUGAUAUUUUACGAGAAGCUGCUAGGAUCAGAUAUUUUCACAGGGGAGCCUUCUCUGCUCCCUGAUGGCCCUGUAGGCCAGCUUCAUGCCUCUCUACUGGGCCUCAGCCAACUCCUACAGACUGAAGGUCACCACUGGGAGCCUCAGCAGACUCCAAGCCCCAUUCCUAGCCAGCCAUGGCAGCGCCUCCUUCUCCGCUUCAAGAUCCUUCGCAGCCUCCAGGCCUUUGUGGCGGUAGCUGCCCGGGUCUUUGCCCAUGGAGCAGCAACCCUGAGUCCCUAAAGCCAACAGCUUAAGGAUGGCCCUCACAUCUCCAUGACUCAGCAAUGCCAAGAUAAAACCGACCACCCCAGACACCUGUGAGCUAACAAGUUAAUUAGUCCAUUAAUUCUAAUGGGACUGCAUAUGUUGAAAAAUUACCAGUACUGACUGAGUUAUGAUGCUGACCUAUGACAAGGCUGAGUAUUUAUUAGACGGGAAAGGAAAUUUUGGGAUUAUUUAUCCUCAUGGGAACAGUUUGGGGAGGAGGAUUAUUUAUUAUAUUUAUACUGAAUAAUGUACUUUUUUCAAUAAAGACUUAUUUAUGAGGCUA